UUUAUGCAUCAUAGUAUUGCUUUUGAACAGGCUUUUAACUGAAUCGCAGCGAGUUGUGUGUAUUAAAACGGCGAGGAGCGAUGGAGUCUGUCGGGAGGUGACCUCUAUAUGGAGCUUUGCAUUGCAUACAUUUAUUUUGUUGGUAUCGUCAAAAAAGUUUGAUGUGCCUUUCUUGGGGCCUCCAGUGUAAACAUAGUUUAAAUUUACCUUUUCGUUUGUUAUUGUGAGCAUGUGAGCAUGAUUAAAUUACUCAAGUAGUACCUAUAAAGGAUAAGCAGAUACACUUUCCAGAUGCUUUACCCACACAUUUUUGUUGAAACACGAAUUUAACAUUCUAACACGUUUGAAACAUGACCUAAAAGUUACUAUGCAUUUGCAUUGGGAAAUCAUAACAGUAUACUGCAUUCAAAAACACACACAUCAUAUACCUAAGCAAAUGAAAGUGGAUAACACUUUCACUUAUCCUUUGUUUGUGGAAAACACAUCCUAUACAUCUUGUUUUCUUCGAAAAGGUUUUAGUUUUAUUUAAGUAUUCUGUAUAUUUCAUGCAAUGAGGCUAAAAUAAAAUUUGAAUUAAAAAAUGGUUAUCUGCUCAACCACGAGCGUAAGCUAUCAUUCAGGCCCAAGAUUAUAUUUUGUAUUUUAUACUGUCUUGCUAUCAUGAGAAAGCUUUUUUUCUCUCAUAACAUUCAAUAUAACUAAACUGGUAGUGUGAUAUCCCUUACAAAUAGUGGUUAUUUAAAUUAUUAUGCUGAAACUUACAUUUAUUGGAUAGGUACCUAUAGUUUAAUCUUAACCUAAGAGUACCAGGUGUCAUGUGUAAACAUGUAGGAUCCUUUCAAGUAAAUGCUUUAAACGUUUUGCUAUUAAUAACUUUGGUAAAUUGUUAGGUGUAGUAAUUUGUGAGAGUCAUUAGAACUAUGAAGGAAAAAUUAGGCAACUAAGACAAUUUCGCGAUAUGUAUCUAUAUGCCUAGAGUUACUCGGGAGGGUAGAAACUUUGUUUCGCCUCCUUGUGUUCUCCAAUUGCUCUAAAACUAUAACAAACCACCAAAUAAAAAAAUAUAAACUCAUUUAAAAAAGAAGCAUUAAUUACAUUAUUAUUACAUUCAAGGACCCAAGUUCAAAGACUUGGCUUAACGUUAAUAUAGGUAUAAAUGUGGGUCAUAGUUGUUCGGGAAUAGGAAUAUUUUUGUUUAUUAUGGCUACAAUUUUAUUUCAAAGCUAGGUUUUCUGCAAGGAGACAUUGCAUGUAACUGUAAAAUUGUAUUUCCCCUAUCCUCAGUUGUAAAUGUUGAUACCUUCACAAGGCUCUACAAAUCCUGGGCAGCAGGUCGUCAUGACAACUAACUUUUUCUUGCUGGCGACUAACUUCUGUUAAGAUACCAAGAAUUUACUAUACAGUGGUUUCGAUAUAUAUCGUCCUGGCUCCUAAGCUUUCAUAAAUCUUUUAGAGGCCUGCGCCCUGGAAUGUCUUGAUAUAUAAUUCAUUAAAAUCUCUACAUUAAUUUUCACUGUUUAUGUAAGUAAUCUGCACCCCUAAUAGCUAAUCUCAAGAUUAAUAUGUUAAGUUUGAUAUUAACAUGAAUGAAUGCACAAUGAGCUGAAGAUGAAAAGUGGCAUAGUUAAGAAAUGAUGCCUAUAACAUCCUGUGUGAAGAAUUAUAGUGUGUUCUAGCUAAUCUGGCCAUUUAAGAAACAUCGGACUGUCAUUCCUAUAAAUAACUGCACAAAAUAGAGCUUCAGUAUGGUUUGUCUCACACCGGUUUAGAAUGGCAACACAUUAGGGCAAGCAGUUUGAUAUUUGAAUGCCUUUAUGAGUGAAAAAAAACUUUUUACAUGAAUUUAAAAAUGUUAGUAUCUGCUAGAAUGCUCUAUGGUGGUUAUCAGCUGUUGUUAGUCGUCACUUGGGCAUCUGCGAGAGUAGCGGUGCUAAGGGGCGGCUCGCCAAUUUAACAUGUAAUGUAGAGUUGAGAAAGAUUUCAUCCCUGUGGUCCGGGCUGUGCUCAGAAACAUGGUUUUGGACGUAUUUAAUGAAAAGUUUUCAACCACAGGCUGCAGCAAAGGCCAAUUUGGAGCCGUUUUUGUAAAUCUGUGGUCAUGCAGUGCAGACAAAGAUCUGUUGGCCCUAUAUACCGUACAUCACAAGCGAUCGCAGGAUUUUUGUUAUUGAACUGUGAGUAAAAUAUUGUGCCUAAGUGAUUAACCAAUUUUUUUUUUUUGAGAAGUUUUGUUUGUCUGCUAGUUUUUAGUUGUUUCCGAAGGGUAAAUGCUACUAUGUCGUAAAAUGGCAGCCGUGUUCAUUGUUUGAGAAAAGGGGAAAUAAAUCCGCAUACUUUAUUCGUGACUUCUUUUUAUUCUGUGCAAGACCAUCUUCGGAGUAAACAGACGUUACCUCAGAAAGUAAAUGUUCUAUGGAACUUGAAUUAUUCUUGGUGUCAAGCAAAUAUUAUUCAAGUGUUACGCAUGUACAAUUCAGGCCAAAUCUAGCCGGUGAUGUCUGGGCGGGUACAAACACAUUGCAUGCUCUUAAAUCCAGCCGUGCGAUAUUAGCAAUUUUGCCGGGUUAUUGAACUUCGUUAUAGUCGAUCACUGGAAUACCAUGUAAGAAAUGUAAGCUGCUAUGAAACAGGAAGCACUGCACUAAUAUGAAAACCGACAGUAACGAUUAGCUAUGAGCGAACUAGGAACAUUGUAGCACAGUGAUGAGUGGAUGCCAAGGUCACCAGCUGAGCUCCACCCAAAAAUAUCUGAACGCGAGCGGCUAGAUUCAAGAAUGCGCCAAAACAUAGAAUUGCGCGGUUAUAGAAUGUGGCUAGCCAUAGAAUGCCUGAUUAAAGAUCUUUCAUUGAAUUCCUUGAUAACAUAAACAUUAAUUUUUUUUUUUUAAAUUUUGAUUCUUUUCCUUAGAAACAUGUUAUACUACAUGUAGAUAAUUCUGCAAAGCACCCUGAAAAAUCUUUCCUUGAGAAACAGAAACAGGAAGUAUGCAGACUAUACUUGCAGUGCAACACACACACAGAAAUACAAUAUUGUGUUCAGUUAAUUUGUUGAGCAAUUUAGAAGCUGCAGAGUAGAUAGUUUGUCUGGUAAAUCUUGAACAGUGAGGAAUUUAAAACAAAUUAUUUGCCCCCUUCUUUGUUUUUCAUCUGUAAUAUAUGACAUAAAACCAAUAUUAAAUAAACUUUCUGUACUUUGUUAGGUUUUUCUUCUUUUUGAUAUUUUGAGCACCUGAUAUGUGUCUGUUUUCUAUAAUUGCCUGGAAAAAUUUAGCAUAUGGCAUGUUAUGCAACUUGCAUUUUUAAAUAAAUGAAUAAAAUAAAGUGGCACAUAUUGAUGCUCUUAACAAAUCUACUCUCGUAUUUCUAACUCCCAACAAAAUUAUACUCUAUGUAUAUUUAAUACCUAUGUCAUGUAACAGAUAUCUUUUAAGCUACCCUAUUUAUUAUCAGCAUGUUUAAUGAUACACAUCAUCACUGUUCCUUGUGAUAUAUAUUUUCAGGUCAUUUAAUCAAUAUUCCAAGCAAACUGGAGACAACUGGAUCUAAAAAAAUACAUACAUAUGUGUAACACGAUUAUGCUUCGCCAGCUUGUAAUGUUGCAAGACCCUGCCCUCCCCAGCUUUUAGAAGUAUUUAUUAAAAUAUGUAAUAAAUAUUAUGGUUUCUCAGCAUUGCAGUAGAUCAGCUGAUUAUAAUAGCCUUCAAGGUCGUAGUGACCUUGUUAAUCAUACUUACAUUUUAUUAUUUUUAAUACUCUUGUAAUUAAUUUUGAUAUUUAAUUAUUUUAUGUAAAGUGUUUUAACUAUAUGUUACUGGUUUUCACUGUGCUGGCUUGGUUAUUUUUUAUGUAAGUGUGGAUUCCAGUAUUUUAUUGCAUUUAAAUGAUCUUUUAUAAUAAUAUGUAUGUGUUUUAUAGUUGUUUUAAGACAGUGAGUAUUGGGUAGAAGGGAAGAAAGACAUGCGGCGACACAGCGGCACUGAAAGGCGAUAGUUUAUCGCAUCCUGUGUAAGAGAGAGACAGACGUUAGCCCAGACCGUGGGAAUAUCUGACUGGGAAAUCCCAGAAUUCUGUAUUAGAUUAAAAAUAGGCAGAAUGUAUAAGAAAGAGACAGAGUGAGGGGAAGUGUUACUUAAUCAUAGUUGUAAGAAUAAGUGUUGUAGCCAAUGGUACGGCAGUAUUUUUUACGUCACACUACCUGCAACAGUCGUUAGGUAGUUUCAAUGGAAAUAAAAGAAAUAAAAUCAAUAUCUCCUUGUUUUUAAAAAAAAAAAAUUUCUUCAAUAUAAAACCAUGAAAUCUUGUCUCUUGCUAUAGGUCUAGCCCUAUUCAGAAAGUUUACUUUGCAAAUACUUAACUAUCUGUCAAAUGCACGGACAUAUGUGUUUGUGUGUGUAUACACACACAUAUUAAUAUUAUUACUCGCAAAGAAAUGUUUGAGUAAAAGAUAUAGAUCUUACAGAAUAAAAACUUUAAUGUUAUAUUUACAUAAUGUUACAUUUAUUUUGAUUAAAAUUAUAUAUAACUAAUUCCGUUAUUCAAAUCAUAUUUGUUUUUGUACCACAGUGUGGUGAAAGGUUACCGUAGAUAAAAUAGAAACAUUAAAGAAUGAUGUUUGAGGUUUGUCACAUAUACCUAUAUUCCCAUAUCAAGUUUCAAAGUGUGGUGAAUACAUUUUGCCAUGAGCAUCAGCAGUGAAGCGACUGAAUUUUCCAGUGUAUAUUUUUUAUUGGUGAAUACAAAUGUCAGUGCAGUGUUGUAUGACGAUUUUUGAUGUUAAUUUUAGUUCCAUUUGAAAUAUAAGUCACAGUAUUUUUUAUUUCUAAUUCACAUUAAAGAAUACUUUUACAUAUUUACUUACAGCAGCAUAAGUAGUGCUUGUUCAAAAACACGUGUUUCUCCCAGCAUGCAGUUUGCCCAUGAUAUCAUGGGCUGACAUGUCUGUUCUGUCUGUGAUGGUGCCUUAGAGUUUAAUAAACAAUCAUCUUUUUGUAUGUAUAUGCCAGGUUUAUUGAUACACUGUAAUCAUAUUAUCACAUAGUUGAAGAAUCAGUAUGUCAAAGCUAUGUCAAGUAUUAGGAGGUGGUUACCACAAAAAUUUAUGUUGGUUUGUUCCAAUAGAAAAAUGACAUGUUUAGGUCAGGGAUAAAUUUUGUUCGCCCGAAAGAAAAGCGGGUUAUGUCAGAUAUGCGUAUGACUAUUCUAAAAAAGUUACUAAAGUUUAAAAUUUUAUUGUUGCUAUCAUCUAAAAUGUUACAAAUAUGUAAUUUAAAAAAUUAGAAGUAAAUCAUAACAUUUCUUAGAUCUGGUUAGGUACUGCAACUGCCAUAAUUUAUACCCCAAAUAAAACUCUGAAAGUAUUAAUUUAAAGUUUUGUUCUAGUUUUGGGUAAAGCGUGUGAAUAUAAAGGAGUGGUAAGAAGAGGUGUUUCUAAGUGUCUACGAAAAAGAGUUUUUACUUCUAUUUAUUGAAUUAUAGCUAUGUGUAGGUGUUAUGUAAUAUUAAAAAUCUAUAUUCUAUCAAAAAUGUUAUAAAUUGUUUGGUGGCAAGAAUUAGGCAUGUGAAGAAUAAUUUAAUCAUUUGAAAGAGACAUAAUAGAGAGGAUAAGUGUUAAAAUUCUGCAUUGUCCAAUAUCAAAAAUUUUAUAUUAUCAGUGGAAAUUUUAUUACCUUAACCUUGAAUUGUUGAAGUAAGCAUGUACAUGUAUAGUCAGACAGACAUGUAAGAAUAAUGAUAUACAAAAAUUGUGAUGUUGCCAACAUAAGCUAUUGUGAGGGCAGUUGACUGAAAUGGUGAGUUUUUGAUGUAAAAGAGCACUUGAAGUGAGUGCAUGAUUAUACUUAGUUUCUUGUUAUUUUUUUUUUAAUUUUGGGGCAUUUAUCAAUGUUAAUAAUUAUUUUCUCAGUAUUUAUUUUUAUAAAGAAAAACUGAAAAUGUUAUUAACACAAUGUGUUUUAUCUCUAUGUAAUGAGCUUUCCUUCAGUACAACGCUAGGAAAUAUGUUGCUCAAAAGCUGCAAAUAUUUAUUUCACUAAAGCAUAUUUGAGUAGACAUAGGCCUAACAAAUGGUGAGUACUAUAUAUAGUUGUAAUAAAUACAACCUUUAAAAAUAUAUAUUGUUUUCGUAGGCCUAAGUAUUGCUUAUUUUUAACCUAUCCUACAUAUUGUAGGAAUAUUAUUUGUUCGGGAAAUGCCUAUGGCAAAGCUAUGAGAUUUUUUUAAAACUCAGUGUUAAAAAGUUGUUUAAAGAAUUUUAUUUUGCAUUUCACAAAACAGAUUAUAUAAAUAUAGAUGAUAUAAUUCCUUUGCAUAUAAGUUAACUAUAUAUUUAAUAGUUUUAAAGCUGUAGAUUUAUAUGUUUCACUAAAACAUAUUUGAUUGCUACACUUAAAAUACAUGGAAUAUUUUAUGGUUGUUAUAUUUGAGGAUGGUGCCACUAAUAUGCGUUAAGAAGGUAAUAUAUUUCUUACGUAGUACAUCAAAUGCAAUGCAGGUAUAAAAUUUCACACUGGUUUCUGUUUUAAAAAUUUAAGUAGUACUGAUUGUAUAAUUUAAAUUUGAUAAAUUAUUACCUAAUUUGUUUUGCAGGAAUUAUUUUACAUUUACCAGGUAAUUUUGUAAAACAAUAGCAUGAAAAAGUUUUUUGUGACAUUUAAGACAUUCCAAAGAACAUUGAAGUUAUAAAUUGAUGAACCAUUUUUGUGACUUUAUUUUAAUACCUUAUCUCCCAAACCAGUGAGUUUUAAUAUUGUAAAAUAAGCAAGAAAAAAUUAUAAAUAAAUACAUAGCUAUUUUUGUACAUAAUUUAUGUAGCGAAAAGCUCAAUUUCCUUUCUAUUCAAAGGAUUUGUGAAACACUUUCUGAACAUAAGAAAACUAAAUGGCAACAAUAAGGCAGUGACUUAAAAUAAUAAUGUAAGACAUUUAUUUGCUAACUUAACAAACUUAAAUUUAUAAUUUUUACUUACAAAUAAAAUGCAGGGUGUAAAACAAAUUGACUAAAUUUGUAUGGUGAUGAUACAACAUGUGUGUAGGUAUUCAUUGCUGAGUUACUAUAAAAUUUAAUUCUUGUAUCACAUAACUUAACAGCAGGCCAAAAUCGGUACCUAAACGCAUGUAAUUGUAUUAAGUUUUUAUUGAUAACAGAUUUUAAAACUCAUUGCUGUUUGUAUUUAAGUUGUAUGGUACCGUGGUAUUUUGGUUUUCGAUGCAGCUUUCGGAAAGUGAGUAAACCUUUAUUGGGCUUUUUUUGAACAGGCUUAAAGUAGGUUUUACUCCUAAUGGUUUAUACCAGGUAACCAGUUGCGUAUUCUGUGUGUAAUCGCAUGUUCACAAUGAUGACACUUAAUUGCGAAAACCAAAAUGUGCACUGGUGGUAAUAUUUCUGAUUCUAAUCCAGCCAGGCAGCAGAUAUUUGUAAAUUUAACUAGGAGAAACUAGUUGAGUUAAAGCCAUAUUUAGGUGUUGCAUUCAACUGAUGUUUUUCUCAGGGGAAAAAAAAAUCAAACCUAGAACCUUGCACUAGUGUUAUAACAAAGAAUGCUGCUGAGGUUGGCAAGAGGUAGAUUAUUCAGACAUGAAAAAUUCCUAUCACGCUUCCUCAUAAACUGCACUUAUCAGUAGGUGGUGAUAAUGGUGACCGCUGUUUGUUCAACGUGACUGUACAAAUCUGCCAUGUUUUUCAGUUGAGCGAAGUUGGUUCUCAUGUUUAAAGGAGUAACUAUACAUAUACAUUCAUACAUAUAUAUUCUUAGACUUGUUGUUGAAAUAAUUCUGCCCUUUUGAUACAUGUUUAAUGCUUUUUAGUGUGUUUCAUUCAGGGUUCAGAGCAGUACAAUGGAAAGUACUGUGUAUUGUGCUUCAUAAAUUAGAAAAAACCAGUCAGAGAGAGGUUAAACUAAUUGCAUGAGUUUUUUUUUUUUUGUGUGCUGGUGAUUCCUUGCUGCAAUGAAAUACAGUGCUGGUGUUGUUUGCCUGAAGCACCCGACUGCUUUGUGUUGAUAAAAAGUUGAUAACACGUUCGGUGUACACAGCAGUCGAGCAGCCAGUUAUACUUGACGUUGUCAGCGGUGAUGAAUGCAAGCUGUAAGCUCGUAUUCAAAUAAUUUCUUUGGUGGAAGUCAUCCUUGAUAAAAAUAAACAUGUAGCCGCGCGAACAUGAGGACGAAGUCAGGUCCGAGGUCGGGGCGGGGCGGCAGGGGCGUGGGACGGCAGAACGGCCUGAAGGUGGCUGCCCCGCGGGCGGCGUCCCCGGAGCAGCUGGGCGUGGACCUGCACAGCGAUGUCUCCCAGCAACAGCCGCCCAUUCCCACGAGCGUGCGCAGCAUGCGGGACCUCUGCCGGCUCAUGGAGACCGCCACCGAGGAGGUGCGGGAAUACCUUACUGAGGAAUUCUCCAUUAUGUAUGAGUGCAAGACUUGCUACAGUAUUUUUCGCAGUUUGGCCAACCUGAUUUCCCACAAGCGAUUUUACUGUACCACACGGUACAUAAACAGGCCUCGUCCUGCAGACAGGGAUUUUGUACUGGAGCAGCUGACGCAGAUGGUGAUCCCGACGGAGCCGGCGGCGGGCGCGGGCUCCGAGGAGCACUGGCACCUGGGCGAGGACGGGCGGGGCGACUGCGGGGAGGCAGACGCGGACGCCCGCCCCUGGGCCGCGUCGGUGGGGACCAGCGUCCCGCCCAUCGGGGCCGGCCGGACGCGGGACGCCGGCGGCGCGCCCCUGCUCGCCCGGAGCGCCGGGCCCGACGCGCGGGAGAUCUCCGUCCACUUGGAGCGCCUCACCAAGAACGCCGUCUACCAGACCGUCUCCUACGAGGGGACCCUGGGCGACCUGAUGAGCGACCAGGUUGCUGAAGUGCAGAGCCUGAACAUAGACAGCCAGGUCACGCUGGGGCCGGACGGCAAGGUACUGUCGGAGCAGCCCCACAAGAGUCCCGAAGCUGUCGACGAAGAGGUCGCUCCCAAGACGGGGGCGAGGAGACCCGCCAAGGACGAGCUCCAGACCACCGGCUCGCAGUACUACGUGUGUGGUAUCUGCAACUCCAUCUGCUCGACCCGCAAAACCCUGGCCUACCACAUGCAGUACAUGCACAGCAAGUACCGGAUGUGCUACCCGUGUCUGUGCUGCAAGAGCACCUUCAGCAAGAUCUGGAACGUGACCAGGCACCUGUGCAAAGUUCACCACAAGUCAACCCACCAGGUUAAUAAGCUAAGGGAGAUUAUUCAGAAAAAAGCUUUUAAGAAGCCUUUGAAAGAUAUCAAGAACGCAAAGGUAAUAAAGGUGAAGCCGGAAGGUACUGCUCAGCCAGAACCAGUCAGCAAGCUGUCCCGUCAGCAACAACUUCUUCAUGAAAACCAAAUAUUCAUGGAAAAUGUUGAUGGCAUUAGCAAGACACAAGUGUGUGUGGCUUGUGGCACGAAAUUUGAACGCCAGGCAGCUCUGUAUUCCCACCUGCAGAGGUGUCCAAGUCAGUUGCGUCAGCUGAAGCUGCAAACGACCGCAGAUGGGGACGCAGAUGCCGGCGUCACGCCGACAGCAGAGGCAGAAGUCGGCAAGGGCAACGCGAGGUUGUGCGACGUCACGGCCGCGACGGAGACCGACGAUGACUACGACGAAGACGACCAAAGGGUAUCGCGCAUGCUCUCGGACGUGCCUCCGAUCGCCAGCCACGUCAGUUUCACGCCCAAGCCCGCGGACCCGGUGGUCGUGGAUCUGGAGGAAGUUCCGCAGCAAGUGGCGGUGGACAGAGGCAGAAGUGAAAAGAUUCAGUUGGUGAACCCCUACAGGUGUGGCAGUGAAAGAGACAGUUCUACGGAAAAGAAAAUCAAAAUAGAGGUGCGCAAAGACUACGUGAAAAGUGUCGGGUCGAGUGCCAAGAAUGCCAUGUGCUCUGCUUUGACGGACGAUUUUUCCGAAGUGGCCAGCCCCAUGAGUGCGAUGUGCUAUAGAGGGGAGAACAGCGAUAGUGAGGACGGGGGGAAAGCUUCUAUCUGUGCUGCGGAAGACCAAUGCAAUCAGGUGGACGUGCUGGAAGUGAUUGGAGUGGGCUACGAUGAUAAGGAGCAUGCUUCCGGCUGUCAGACAGAGCCAGAAGGAGCUCACAGAAGAUUUUUAUUCAGUAGGGAGAUGGUUAUUGGCUCUCCGAAAAUGAUCAGCGUCCUGAAGAAAUCGCACGAUUUGAACUCUGGUAUCUGCUUUGAUGCGGCAAACCAGGACACAUUUCCUGUAGAAAAUGAUGUGGACGUGAAGCCAGAAGUAAAUUUGAGUACCGUUUUUCCGAGGAAUAAGACUACUUUCUCGCCUCAUAUGCAGAAGAAGAUGGAAUCUCUGAUAAACUCCAAUAAACUUCAGUGCUUGACGUGCCGGAAGAAGUUCAAGAAAAUGGCGAAUUUGAGAAGGCAUGUGGCACUGCACAUAGACUGGUACCGCUAUCGUUGCACUGUGUGUUUCUUCAGGUGCUUUGCGAAGUACGACUGUGUCGCUCACGUUAUAAAAGCUCAUUUGAAAGGAGGCGACCGCAUCCAAGCAUCGGGCUUGGUGGAAUUGCUUCAGAACCAAGAACCAGACACUCAAGCUUCAAGUGCAAGUGAGGGGUCGGUGGACAUUGGUGAGAGUAAUGGAACAGUUGAUACAGUCCAGAGUGAGCUGAUGGUUGUCGAAUCAAAAAUUAAGGAUGUUGGCUCAACUUGCCUAAAAAUGCUCUUACAGGAACGUGAUAGCUUUGUUUGUGUACCUGAAGAAUCUGGAUUAAGUAAUCUUGAUACCUCCUGUCAGGGAACUUCGUCAGUGAAUGCUAUUUCAAGCUCUAUUGAUCCACAUUAUUUUGGUGAAUGUAUUGGGGCUAAAGAGAAAACAAGCAACCUAGAAGAAUUAAACCUGAAAUGCAAUGAGAAGUCUCUGUCAUCUACUGCGGAUGUAAACUGCACCAGGCACAGCAGUCAAAUAAAGUCAAAGACAUCGCUGCUAGAUAAUGAUAUGGAUGUAAUUUUUGAAAAACAUAUGUCUGAAAAAAAUAACCUCCCACAAGGAGACAAAAUGUGUUCCUGGUUAGUUGAUGGUAAACUGUGUACAUCAGAGUCUUACUGUAAUGUUAAUACCCAGUCCAAUGCAGAAAUGUCUGUAAAUAAAGAUCUGAUUUCACCUGUAGGGGCUGCAGAAAGAGAUGGCAGUAACCCUGAAAUUCUUAUUGACUACAAAAACAAUGAUACUCGUGUUAAUGGCUCUCCUGAAAAAGCACCUAUUGUAAGGGAGCAAACCAUUAUGCCAGUUGCUGAUUGUUCUUUAGGAACCAUCAGUUCGCCAGCUCAAGAUGUUGCUGAAAGCAGCUUGCUUGUCAAGUCUUCUACUGAGAAACUCAUUUCGCCAACAAAACACAUAGUCGUUGACAUUAAUUCUCCUGAGAAAGAAGUCGACGAGAAACAAACUAAUGUUCACAAGGUGAAUUCAUCCCUCAGGUGUACUAUAGACAAACAAGCUGCUCUCAGGAAGGUAAUAGACAAAAUUGCUUCACACGGGAAGGAAAUAAAAACCAGAAAUGUUGGUUCCGGUACAAACCGGCGUGAGGACAGCAGCGAAACUCGUACAGAGUCAGUAUUACUCGAGCCUGAUGGCCGUGACUGCGGCACGUCUUCUGUUGUCGCUCAGGCGGAUUCGAACUCAUCUGUGAUGAACCACGAGGAAGAUAUGUGUGCUGUGCCGGGAGUGCUGGUGAAAACUGAAGUAGAACCAGAAAUAACCAUAGAGUACGAAGGUAAGAGCCCUUCCGUGGCAAGUCGAGCUGGCGGCUUCCUACCGAGAAGACGUCGAGGGAGAAUCGGCAGUGAUUCCAGCAUGAUCUGCGAGCCGGACGAGACGAGGAGCUCGUUCAUGCAGAGUUGCCCGCUGCCGGAUGGCCACUUCCCCCAAAAGAAGAGGAAGCGGUCCAAAAGCGAGAGCCGAGGCUGGGUCAGGCAGAGAGCAAAUUCUUUCCUUGGCAGCAAUCGGAGUGCGGAGGCAGAUACCCGUCCCGAAAACGAGCGCGUUAGGCACCUGGCGUGCGGCGUGGAGGUGAGCUCCCUGAAGAACAUCACGGUGCAGCAGAUGGUGAUGCAGGUGAUAUUCGGCAGCGAGAACGGCCCGGAGGGCGGCGAGGACUUCACGCUGAACGGGGGCGUGUUCGUCCCGAAGGGCGGCGACUACUGCCCCAGCGCGGCCGAGUCGACGUCCACGGCGCCCAGCUCGCCCGACUGGGCCGUGGAGGAGCCCCUGUCGAGCUGCGGGGACGAGGACUGCCGCCAGCCGCCGAGGAAGAGCUACCGGUCCGGCUCGGGCCGGAAGAGGCUCCGGCCGCUCCGGAACCGGGUGAAGGUGGAGCGGGAGGACUUCAUCUACGACUACGGGCUGUCCGACAUCUGCAUCGUGCAGAAGGAGAAGGUGCCGGAGGACGUGAAGAAGCUGGCCCGGCGGAGAGAGCAGGCGGGCAGGUGCGGCAAGGAGUCCCCGGGCAAGGCGAACACGCGCAACUCGGUCCGCCCCGACUCGGAAAUGAAGCUGGUUCUGCCGAAGCUCACCCUCGUGAGGACAGACGACGCUGGCGUGAGAAACGAGUAUUGUGUUAAGGUCGGUGAAGGUUCCAAAGCGUUCGGUGGUAGCGGCAGCAGCAGCGGCAGCGGCAGCAGCUGUAGUUCGUCUCCUGGCAAGUCUGGUGGGACGAGUAGAAAAAAGACAACUGUUAUUUCAUGAAAGUUGCCCAAGCAACGUUUAAAGCUAUAGUAAAAUUUUUUCAAAUGUGACAAAUUAUCAGCAUGCUCAUGAUUUAAAGAUUAUUUUGUAAUUUUACUCCUCCAGCAGAUUGGUUGUGAUAAUCCCUGUGGAAAUAAUGGUUACUUUUUUUUUUUUGUGGGGACAAGAAACAUGGUACUUACACAACUUGUUCCAGACUCAUUGACUGGAUUGGGUGAAUAGUUGCAACCAUCCAGUGAUUCUACUGUCAUCCAUGAAAUAGUUUUUGGGGUGUGACCAGUAAUGCAACCACUAUUUUUAUUUUUGCUGCAUGAUGAAAGUAAUGUCAAACAUAGAGAUUUUAACAAAUGUAAUUUUUUUUUUUUUCAAGACUGAAAAAUUCAUUCCAGAGUCUCACAAAUUAUUCUUCAUUCGUGUGGUGUUUUAUGUGUGAGUGAACAAUUUUUUUGGUUGUGCUGUGCUAGCCAUGCUCUGAAAAACUUAAUGCCACUUUGUUAAUAAUUUUGUUUGCUUUGGAAGCAGAUGUUCAAAGGCAUGAUUUCUCAGCAAAUGAGGAAUGUUUAUAAUGUUGUGUAUGUAAAGAGGGGGGGGGGGGGGGGGGGGGGAAUUUCAGCAUUGUAUCUUUCAUGCAAAUGUUAUCAUGAAAGUUGCUUGCAUUGUAUCAAAAAAUAUACAGCAAAGUACUUUAAGUGUUUUGAAUGCUGUAACAUUAACAGCUAUUUUUUUUCAGCAAGAAUGAGAAUAAUUAUCAAAAAUAAGUUAAAUGUUCCCAUAAUUAUAUUCUGUAUUUCUUCACAUGUUUGUUUCCUGUAAAACUAUUUUUAAAUGUUGCUCAAGUGUAGUACCUAAAUGUCUCAAUGUACACACUUUAAAAUUUUCUGAAAUAAUUAUUUAGCCAUGCUUUUUUUCUGCAUGGUGGGUCAUAAAAUGUGUGUAACAGGAAGAUUAAAAGUGAUGACUUUGGAUGAAUCACUGAACGUAUUUUUGGGUUGAUUAUGAACUUUUAUCUACAAACUUUUCAUUAAAAAAGUUGUAAAGAGACAAUAGUAAUUGUUAAGGUGUGAAUCCUUCUCUACGAUAACAGUUUUCACAACAGUGUUUUCGCAAAAUGUUUUAAUAUGUUUUAUUCUAUUCAUGAUGAAAACAAAAUUUCAGUAAUUUUUGCAUCAUGUCUUGGAUAUUUUUGCUGUGAUUUAUUAAAGUUAAUUUUGUUUAAGAACAUAACCGUAAUGCAGCUUUGAUUGUAGCAUGUUUUCUUUUUUAGGUUUUUAUGUAGCUUAGAUUAAAGGAAAUAUGUAAUUAGGCCAAAUUGCAGUUCUUGUCCUGUGUAAAUAAUUAUAAUGUAUUAAGGUUUGAGAA